GAUCAGACAGCAUUUUUUGGAGUGAUUGAUUUCGUUGUUCUUUCAACAUUGCAAUGUAAAAGAAAAUUAAUUGAAUGGUGAAGUAAGAAUGGAAAUCUGAAUACCGGUAUGCGAUUGGAUUUGUGGAGGUAAAACUAUAGGUGAUGAGCGAUGUCCCCAUCAUCAACUCGUCCGCGAAAGAGCAAGCAGAAUGGAGACGACGAGCUAUGGACAGUUUAUUCUGCUCGAGUGUGCCUGCCAUCACUGCUGCACGAUCCAACUGCAGGGCCUCGUGGCAAUUCUGACAUCUUCACACAGACUUGGGGAGAUGACUUCAUUCCAUCUACAGAAGUUAGUCCUUCGGUGACGCUGCCCUACAUCGGUAGACAUGAGUUGAUGAAGCAGCUGAAACUUGUUGCCAGGAACCGGGCAAACCGCAUCCAGGGAAAUCAGCUCUUGAAGGAUGGUGCAGCCACAUCUUCGCAACAAGCACCAGCUAGCAAGGAAUCGCAUCCUGAAGAUGAGCUGAGUGCUAUUCCACAGAUCUUCUUUCAGUCAAACUUUGUCUUGGAGGAGCCGCAGACGUUCCAUGCCGUGAUCCCCUGGAACAAGCUGGUGUUCUGCAAUGACACAGCGACAGCACCCUCGACAGGAAAUGAAAAUGGUGGAUCUUCUGCAGCGGCCGUGGCAGCGGUGGCGAGUGCAAGCGCUGCUCACCGAGGUCCUGCAACAGGUCACCGAGUGUCGCUUGUACCAUCACACGGAACGGCCAAGCUUCUGGAAGAGCAGCUGUCUCAAUACCUGGACUUGACAGAGGUGCACCUGGCACGUCAGGUGUCAUCUCGGUCUGAUGACGUCUUCGAGGCCAUGCAGUGCUACAGCAAACUGCAUGAGGAUGCGGCGUCUGUGUGUGCUCAGAUACGUCACGUUCGGAAAGAUUUACACCACACUGACUCGCUUGUGUCCACUGAGCACCUACGGCUGUUGAAGCUAGCACGUGAACGAGACAUCUAUGCAAACCUCUAUAGGAAGUUGAAACUGAUGGCAACAGUCCACCAGACACAACCAACAAUUCAAAUGUUGCUGGCAACACAUGACUACGUAGGGGCAUUGGACCUGAUCGCUACCACCCAGGAAGUCCUGCAGCAGGAGCUGGCUGGAAUGCAAUGUUUUCGGCACCUUGGCUCGCAGCUGUCGGAACUAGAGAAGAUGAUCAACAGGAUGAUGGAGGCCGAGUUUGUUCAGCUGGCGACCGCCCGUUUGGAUAUGCCCACAGGGGAUGGCGCUGAUGCUGCGGCAGCUGAUGAAGAGGAUCAGCUGUCUGCUGUGAUCAUCGGCUUGAUUAGACAGCGCAACCUGCUAUUUCUCACUCACUAUCGGGACCUCUGCUUCUCCUCCCUCAAGUCACAGAUUCGAAAGACUGUUUUGCAGUUCAUGGGUGAUCACCUGGACACUCAAGACGAGCAGAUGAGCAUUGCUGAGCAGAUGCGUCAGCUGGAAUAUCCUCGCUGGAGAGCCAUGCUCGACAAUGUGUUCGUUUCAGUGCUGGCUGUGCUACAAGCUAUGGAGGACAAUCACAAGAUCAUAUUGCGAAUGUUAGCUGCGUGUCUUGAGGCUGGAGAAACUGAGCCGUUGCCGGAUCCAAGGCCGUCUUCUAUUCAACAGCGCGAGACAAGUACAGCUGGUGUUGCUUUCUUUGACCCAGCUGGCAUGUCUUCCACCGAUGCCCCACAUUCGCUAUCUUCCCUGGAGUCAGUGACAGGGGAUCUGGAAGACGAUAUGUUGGACACACUGGAUGAUACGCGACUUGUUCCGCCGAAGUCUGGCCAAGCUCUGCUGCAAGAACUUGACGCUGCGCAACCUACUGGCGCUGCUGCUGCGACUUCACAAUCUCCUGAACACGAGCACCAAGCACCAGACGGCUACAUAACCCGGGCAGAGUAUGCACAGGUGGCAGGCAGCAGCUAUGAGCUGCUAGUGGCGGCAUGCGACUUGGCACAUGUGCGUUGUGCAAAGCUGCUUGGAGUGAGGACGCGGGAUGUUUCGUUCAGCAAGCUACGCAUUGGUGAGAUUGUUCAGCUGUCAAGGCAGGUAGAAGACUUCAUUGCGGUCACGGAAAAAAUUACGGGUCGACAGUGUCAUACGAACCUUCGCGCCAGUCUCAUGAGUCAAUGCAAGAAAGUUGUGGAUCGGUUCCACGAGGAGCAUCGAUCUCAGCUUAGCUUGAUCUUGGAAGGAGAAAGAUGGCAGCAAGCAGAAGUCCCGGUCGAGUUGCAGUCGCUGAUAUCUCAGCUGGAAUCAAGUCGCAAUAUGGAGGCUGCAGGUCUCCAGCAGUCAUCUAGUCCAUCGCACUCCCGUCGCUCUCCAGUAGCCGGCAAUAAAUCUCACCUGUUGGUUCGUGGAGAGCAGUUCGCUGUGGCUGGAGCUCCGCUGUUCUUGCUCAAGAUGGUUUCAGAGUACUGCCAGUGUGUUAAUGACAUGCCUGUGUUGGUGUCGGACAUCUUGAAUCGCCUGCUUGACCUGCUUCGGCUUUUCAACAGGCGUACUGGCAGCUUAGUCCUGGGAGCAGAAGCCAGAAGGUCCACAGGCUUGAAGACCAUCACAGCAAAACACUUAGCCUUGGCAUCUCGCUGCUUGGACGCUGUGCUUAGCUACUUGCCAUUAGCAAAGGCACACUUUCAACACUACCUACCUGUGCGACAGCGCAUUCUGCUGACAGAAUUUGACCCCGUGUUUCAGGAUUACCGCACACAUCGAUCUGAGAUCCUGAACAAGCUAGUCUCCAUGAUGGAGGAUACAAUAUCAAGACAGCUGGCAAAGUGGGAAGCCAAGGCACCUAUUCCCAGCCCCAACUUCCAAGCCAUCAACAAGCAAACGGGAAAGCUUCACGGAGCAUUGGCUCCUGUUCUGUCUCCUGACCAGUUGGAGCUUGUUUUCAACAACGUCCAGCUGUCGUUUCGCACUCACUUCUUGGAUCGCAUCCGGCGCUUGGCGAUUACCCCCGGUGGACCGCAACAUGGAAUCGUCAGUGCAGAGCUCAGCUAUCUGGCAGAGUAUUUGAAUGCUCUGGAAGGUCUACCUGACCUUGGUGAGUCCUUGAUGGAUAUGUGGCAUCAUCCCUGAUGGAUAUGUGGCAUCAUCAUUGAUGGAAAUGUGGCAUCAUCCCUGAUGGAUAUAUGCCAUCAACAUUGAUGGAUAAGUGGCAUCAUCCUUGAUUGAUUGAUUGGUCUGCGUUGCCAGCGGAGUACUCGCUCCUCGUCCUCUGGCAUCAUGGUGCGCACAUCUCCGCUUGCUUUCCUGUCUGUUGCUCAUCACAGGAAUGGCUGAGGUGUGUUUGUCUUUGUCUCCUGCGUGCGCUGAUCGCUGUGUACAUAGCUAGCUCUUAAAAAGUAGUAUUGCUUGUUUACUCGGGCUCUCUCUCAUGUAAGAUACAUCUACUAAGUCUUGCUUUUCAUAUUUCUAUUCUGACUUUCCUGUUGUAUUUAGUAUUACUUUACUCGGCCAUGACACUGCCUGAAUUAUUUUUGCUUUACCCAGUUUUAACAAUGAACAUAUUUUAUCUCCGCGCUUCACACGCUUCUACUUUGAAGUAGGAAUGUUUCUUGCCAUGGAUGCUGCUGACGUCAUGACGUCAUUUGGUUUUAUUGCUCUGCAUAAUGCCGAUCAUGCGUACAAUCGUUGCCACCUCUUUUGUAUUUUCUAUUUAUACUGUGCGAUUUUGCUCGGCAUUAAUUUUUCUCUGCUUAGUUCUUUCUCUGGGACGACACUCUGUCACUCUGUUUGGCGAGGGUUUUGUUUUGUCAAGA